CUCCGUUCCCUGCGUUUCUCCCGCAGCAGCCCGACCCGCCCGGAAUGGGUUAAGCCAGGGGCGGUGCCUGGACGGGGCGGGGCUCAGGAAAGGGGGUGGGACUCUAGGGGAGGGGGGCGCUCAAAGCUGGGGUGGGGGUGCGGCGCUCACCACCGGAGACCCACCGGGCGUCGGCUGUCCCGGGCCUGGCGGAGGCGGAGGCGGGGCCGCGCGGGGCCCCCACCCCCACCCGGAAUCCUCGACCGGGAGAAGCCCGGGAGCCCCGGCCGGGAGGAGGAAGUGCUCGGCGACUCCCCCGCCCUGCUCCGAUCCCGCCCCCGACCUGCGGACUUGGGGAGCCUGCGGACUCUGCCUCGGACGCCACGAGAUUCGAGACGGGAGCCCCCUCGAGGUGAAGCCACGAGUUCCCGGGCCUCCGCCGGGCGUUCGCUGGGGGAGCCGAGGGACCCUCUUCCCAGCAUACACAACUUCUUCGCUUUUCACCUGGGACUGGCGGAGCUGCCGGCGGACUUAGCCGCGGGGACUUCAGGACAGGGGGCGUUCCCCUGCCCCGGUCGCCCGUUGGGACGAGGGGACGUGCCCUCGCUCCCAGCUGCUCUGCUCGGAUGGCGCCGCCGGCUGAGUGAGGGGGCGGCGCGCAGGACUUCCUCGUCCGGACCCUCUUGUCUUCGCGGGGGAAGAUGUACGAGAGUGUGGAAGUGGGGGGGCUCACCCCCGCCUCUAACCCCUUCCUAGUGGUGGAUUUUUAUAACCAGAACCGGGCCUGUUUGCUCCCGGAGAAAGUGCUCCCUGCCCCGGGUCCCUACUCCACCCCGCUCCGGACUCCGCUUUGGAACGGCUCAAACCACUCCAUUGAGACCCAGAGCAGCAGUUCCGAAGAGAUAGUGCCCAGCCCUCCCUCACCGCCCCCGCUCCCCCGCAUCUACAAGCCUUGCUUUGUCUGUCAAGACAAAUCCUCAGGCUACCACUAUGGGGUCAGCGCCUGUGAGGGCUGCAAGGGUUUCUUCCGCCGCAGCAUCCAGAAGAACAUGGUGUACACAUGUCACCGGGAUAAGAACUGCAUCAUCAACAAGGUGACCCGCAACCGCUGCCAGUACUGCCGGCUGCAGAAGUGCUUCGAAGUGGGCAUGUCCAAGGAGUCUGUGAGAAAUGACCGAAACAAGAAGAAGAAGGAGGUGCCCAAGCCCGAGUGCUCAGAGAGCUACACGCUGACGCCAGAGGUGGGGGAGCUCAUCGAGAAAGUGCGCAAAGCACACCAGGAAACCUUCCCCGCCCUCUGCCAGCUGGGCAAAUACACUACGAACAACAGCUCAGAACAACGUGUCUCUCUGGACAUUGACCUCUGGGACAAGUUCAGUGAACUCUCCACCAAGUGCAUCAUUAAGACUGUGGAGUUCGCCAAGCAGCUGCCAGGCUUCACCACCCUCACCAUUGCCGACCAAAUCACCCUCCUGAAGGCUGCCUGCCUGGACAUACUGAUCUUGCGGAUCUGCACGCGGUACACACCCGAACAGGACACGAUGACCUUCUCGGACGGGCUGACCCUCAACCGGACCCAGAUGCACAACGCUGGCUUCGGCCCCCUCACCGACCUGGUCUUUGCCUUUGCCAACCAGCUGCUGCCCCUGGAGAUGGAUGAUGCCGAGACGGGGCUACUCAGUGCCAUCUGCCUCAUCUGUGGAGACCGGCAGGACCUGGAGCAGCCAGACAGGGUGGACAUGCUGCAGGAGCCACUGCUUGAGGCACUGAAGGUCUACGUGCGGAAACGUAGGCCCAGCCGCCCCCACAUGUUCCCCAAGAUGCUGAUGAAGAUCACAGACCUGCGAAGCAUUAGCGCUAAGGGGGCUGAGCGGGUGAUCACGUUGAAGAUGGAGAUCCCGGGCUCCAUGCCACCUCUCAUCCAGGAAAUGCUGGAGAACUCAGAAGGCCUGGACACUCUGAGCGGACAGCCAGGGGGCGGGGGGCGGGAUGGGGGUGGCCUAGCCCCCCCACCAGGCAGCUGUAGCCCCAGCCUAAGCCCCAGCUCAAACAGAAGCAGCCCGGCCACCCACUCCCCGUGACUGCCCGCGCCACAUGGACACAGCCCUUGCCCCGUGCCCUGGCUUCUCUGCCUUUCUACCGACCAUGUGACCCUUGCCAGCCCUGUCCCCACCUGUCCUCCCAGACAGGACUGGGAUCCUUUCCUGGAGGAUGGGAGAGAGGAGGCAGUGACUUCUUGGACAGAGGCCUGGGCCCAUGAUGGACUGCCUGCUCCACAGCCGAGGCUGACGCCGGGGCAAGGCUGUGAACUGAGCGAGGACCCCAGGUCCUGGGCCUCAGAGUGGGGCUGGGGACCUCGCAUUCAUCAAGACACCCUCUGCCCAGCUCGCCACAUCUUCAUCACCAGCAAACGCCAGGACCUGGCUCCCCCUCCUCAGAACUCACAAGCCAUUGCUCCCCAGCUGGGGAACCUCCCUGCUGCCUUGGUUGGUGACAGAGGGGGUGGGUCUGGGUGGGGGGUUCCCCCUGUACAUACCCUGCCGUACCAACCCCAGGUAUUAAUUCUCGCUGGUUUUGUUUUUAUUUUAAUUUUUUUUUUUUUGGUUUUGAUUUUUUUUUUUAAUAAGAAUUUUCAUUUUAAGCACA